ACAUGUUCACGCUAAAUCAUCUGUUCGGUUACGUCAAAAUAAUAAUGGAAAGUUCCUAUUUCUUUUCCUCGAUAAAACAUAAAUAAAUAAAAAAUCAAAUAUUUGGACAGAAAUCCAAUUGGAAAAAUUCGGUAAUAACGAUAAGAAGAUAAGGCGGCAGUGUCACGUUACAGCAAAGGCGGGGAGUCAGUGUAAAUUUGAUGUAUUGACAGCGGCGCUGAGUAACUAAGCUAUUGGAUAACAACCUGUACCAGCUGUGCGUAGAGAUCAAGGUGACCGAGGAAAAAGAAAAUUUGUUUGGCCUGGCACUCUUCACAUCUAUUAAAUGCAGUCACACGCAGUUUUGACCAUUUACAGAAUGCUUUACAUUGAAGAUUAAUGCAGCUAUUAAAGGUGAAACAACCUGGCCAAUCAAGUACCAAGUUCACAUCAACAGGCUAUUGGGAAAGAAGACAGUAUUCACCAUUGUACACGUUUGCGGGAGAGAGGUAAGAGUUAACAUUCAAAACCUCUCUCUCUCUCUCUUUGUGUGUGUGACUCUCUUUGGCAAACGUUUCAGUCAAAACAAGCAAACCACGGCUUUGAUUUGUCUUAAAGCUUUCUUGGCUAAGGCGCAGGCGCCUCUGCUUUUAAACAAGUUUCAUCUUAAGGCUCAGCGUUUUAGCCAUUGCCAGCGUCAGACACCAGCAGCGUACGAGCGAGUUAAACUAAGCUCAGAGGCACUUGCAGCUUAAAACACAAAACACUUUGUUGAAGCUGUUGGAACUAAACGCAACAAAAAUUGUCUUUUAACCGUCGUCCCCGGGUUGUCGCUGUGUGUAACCGUAAAAAAAUUGAAAAAAUAAAAGAAAAGAUAUUGAAAAAAAGAAAAUAAUAUUCACCUAGAGCCAGAAGAAGAGGUCACUAAACUUUUUUCUUUAAGUAAAAAGUCCCAAACGAGUAACCUAACCACCAAACGUACGAAAACAAUUCUUGUGUUAAACAAAAAUUAAAAAGAAAAUAAAUAAAUAAAAAGGAAUACUUAAUGCGUAAAGUAAAAGAAAGUCAAGACAAAAAAUUUGCCUACCUAAUGAAGUCGCUUUCGUGAUUUUAAGAAAUAAAAAACAAGUGUUUCCUAACGAAAAAAAGAGUGUCCUUCCUCCCACCUUAAAACAAAAUACCAACUCCGUUACUUACGAAAAUCUUUACAAAAGCCUUAAAGGAUUAUAACCGUUACAAUUUUUUUUGGAUCGUUUUAAGAGAAACAAACAAAUCGUACAAAAAUACCAUGGCCUGUUUAAGUACUUCCGGUCGCCAAGGACUGUUUGUAGCAGUCGGUACGCGUCGUUAUCACAAUCACAAAUAUCUAUGUCAACUUAUGCUGCAACCGCAAUUGCAGCCACAAUACCAUCCAGCCAAUAACGCCCACAACUCCACAACUCGAAGAUCGUUGAGUAGUGCCACCACCAUAACCACCACCAACAACAUUGCGAAUAAAACUGGUAUUGUUGCCACAACUUCAAGGUUGUUGAGCUGUAAUGCAAUAAAAACUUCCGCUUCCUUGUCCAACGCACCAACAACAUCAUCAUCAUCGUCGUCGUCGUCAUUGCAGCAUAACUUUAAACGUUACUAUCAUGGAUUAAAUAAUGUUAGCCAAAAUAGUAAUGCUGUCUUCAAUGUUACGUUAAAUUCCGACAAACCAUCAACGUCACACACCAAGGCCAAAUGCACAAAUGGCAAAGCAAACUGCCGCCGUUACAGCUCCGUCCAUACCCAACAACCGGCUGGACCCGUGCGUGAAAUCCAAAUAGAUCCUUACAUUAUAAUGGACGAAGAGCUGAAGUACUUUUACGAAGACAUUAGAGAUUUACUUUCACAAGGCACAACUCAAAUGGAACUGGACACCAUUGCCAAUUACUAUAUUGAUGGUCAGGGCAAAGCCCUAAGACCCAUGAUUACACUACUCAUGUCCAAAGCCAUAAAUUAUCAUUUGAACAAAGAAUCAAGGGAACUCUUGGAUAAACAACGACAAAUCGCCAUGUUCUCUGAAAUGGUGCACUCAGCCAGUUUGGUGCACGACGAUGUCAUCGAUCAGUCUGAUUUUCGUCGCGGCAAACCCAGUGUAAAUGUCUUAUGGAAUCAUAAAAAGGUUACAAUGGCCGGCGAUUAUAUUUUGGCAGUGGCUUCAAUUAUGGUGGCACGCUUGAAAUCCGAUGAUGUCACAAUAGUCAUGAGUCAGAUUUUAACGGAUUUGGUACAAGGUGAAUUCAUGCAGCUGGGUUCAAGGGAAACCGAAAACGAACGCUUUGCCCACUAUUUGACAAAGACAUACAGGAAAACGGCUUCACUGAUAGCCAACACACUGAAGGCGACGGCUGUCAUCGCUGAUGCCGACGAAAACCUCAAGGAAUUGGCAUUCCAAUAUGGACGGAAUAUUGGUUUGGCUUUCCAACUGGUCGACGAUAUGUUGGACUUUGUAUCGUCGACAGAAACAAUGGGUAAACCUGCCGCUGCUGAUUUAAAACUGGGUCUUGCAACGGCUCCCGUUUUAUUUGCCUGCGAAAAGUACCCCGAAUUGAAUCCCAUGAUUAUGCGUCGCUUCAGCGAACCCGGAGACGUGGAACGUGCCUUUGAAUUGGUCCACAAAUCACAUGGCUUGGAACAGACCAGAUUUUUGGCCAAGAAACAUUGCAUUGAGGCGAUACGAUUGGCUCAGGAAUUGACCGAAUCACCCUAUCAGAAGGGUUUGCAGGUUGUUGCGGAUUUAGUUAUUAAUCGUAUGAAAUAAUUAGGGCUAAUUUAGUUUUCAAAAAAGACAAAAAAAAAAAACAA